UAUACUGUGUUUUGACUUUUCAGGAAAUCUGUGUGGGAAUAUUAGGAAAUAUGGCCUGUUUCCAAGACAUAUGCAUGUCCAUUAGUAAAGAUGAAAAUCUUGGCCAAGUGUUACUGCAACGUUUGUGUGAUUCAGACUCUCCAACUCUUCUGGAAACAAGCAGGUUGUUGUUAACUUGCCUCUCCCAGCCUGAGGUGGCCAAUGUCUGGGUUGAGAGAAUCCGAGAAAACCCUUCUGUAUAUGACUGUGUUUGCUUUAUCAUGUCCAGCUCUACAAAUGUUGAAUUGCUGGUAAAAGUGGGUGAAGUGGUGGACAAACUCUUUGAUCUAGAUGAAGAGCUAAUGUUAAACUGGAUUAAAAAUGGCACUUGUCGGUCUGUGGGACCAUCUGUAGAUGAUUCCCCUGAAGAACUUCCAGAUUUUAAGAUUGUGCCCUGUAUACUUGAAGCAGCCAAACAAGUUCGAUCAGACAAUCCUGAAGGACUUGAUGUUUAUAUGCAUAUUUUGCAGCUCCUGACCACGGUGGAUGAGGGUAUUCAGGCUAUCGUGCAGGCUCCUGAUGGAGGCAAAGAGACUUGGAGUUUGCUGUAUGACCUCAUUUGCCAUGAACUGUGCCAGUCAGACGAUCCACCAAUCAUUGUGCAGGAGCAGAAGACUCUAUUGGCCUCUAUUUUGUCUGUGCUGUCUGCUAUGUUUGCUUCACAGACAGACCAAGAAUACACCAAGAUGAGAAAAAAUAUGCCUCUGAUUGGGAGCUUGAUUCGUAUCUUACAAUACAUGGAGGGCUGUGGGAAGAGAUCUGUUGAUGACUCAAAGGAGCCCGAACAACAAGAGACUGGAAGGGCUGAUCUAAACGAGGAGGAUUUCCAUUUAAAAAUUUUGAAGGAUAUUUGCUGUGAAUUACUUUCCAAUAUGCUUCAAGAACUGACCAAGGAAAAUACGUUAGAAGGACUACACCAGGGUCAUCUAAAUGAACAGACGUGUUCCUGUGCAUUUCAGAACCUCUUGCCUCUGUAUUUUGCAUCAGUGGAGAGUUUCCUUGAAGUUCUGCGUGAGGCUGACCAGACGCUUGCUGACAACCUAGAAAAACGUUUCCCAAGCCUGAAGGUUGACGCCUAAGAAUAUACAUGAAAUGUUUUCCCUCUUUGGAAUGGAGAUUGUUGACUGUUUCAUUACGGUGUUUCAGAAAUCAAGUUUUCAGUAAAUGCAGGAGAUGAGGCAACCUCCUUACCAACAGGUGGCUUUUAAGAAAUGUUCCAGGUAGCCCUGAUUAACCUAGGGUUAGUGUGGUCUGCAUGGGGAAGGAAAUUACUGUAAAUUCAGUUCUGCAUCUUCCAUCCUGUCUGUUCUAGUGAUGAGAGACUGUUGGUUUCUAAUUGCUGUUCUGCAGCAUAGUGUCCUUUGAAUAACUUUUGGUUCUGUGCUUUUCAGCUGAAGUUGAAACAGCAAAAUGAAUGAGUGGGUUUUUUUUAACAUGAUGCUGGUUUCUUCCGAGUUGCUGCUGGCAAAAGGAGGAUUGAUCAUCAGGAAAUCCCAGAUGUCUUCUGCCUGGGGACCUUCAAACACCUGCUAAAACUGGAGUUAAAUUACACGGAGUUCUUUUUUUUCUCUUUUAGAUCAUAUCAAUACCUUGAGCAGGUAUUGUAACAAAUGUUUCAUCCUGCUCCUUUAAAAUCUUCACGCUUCUUACAUUGAAGCCUGUUCUGCACUGCAGCUGAGUUGUGGCAUCUAGGUCCUGUGCAGUUUAAAGGAUUUGAGAAUAUGGUUGCUAAUGGUCUAUGCUGCAGCUUCCAACCCUUGCAGCCAGUUACCCAGAGCUGGAGUUGUAGGGCAGGUUUGGGUUUAAUCCGUGGCAUACUUGCAAACUUUCUGCUUUUUUUAAAGCAGUCUGUACUUCAGAUUAGGAAAGUAACAUGUAUCAGACAGUUCUUUUGUCAUUCAUGUGUCUUAUGAAUUAUCUGUGAAUGACAUUAGAAAUGCCAUGUUAGCCUUGGUUUUUCAGAGGAGGUUAAGGUGUUAGGUAACUUUCAGUAAAUUCAAUCUACAGGCUUCUAAAAAUCCCACUUUUAAUUAUGUUUUAACUGCAUUGCAUUUUUCGAUCCCUUGCCUGCAUGCAGUACAGUUAAUCUUUUCUGUGCCUGAAAAGACAGUAUAGCAACACAUCAGCUUCACUGUCUCUAUAAAUGAGGGUGGAAAACAAUUGGUCUUUAUUAGGUUUGGGUUGUAAAUGAAAAUGGGAACCAGAGCAUAGAGAACAACUCAAUACCAUAUACACGCAUUCCCUGGCUCUCCAGCUUUUUAUAGACUUUAAGUAUUGUGCUGGGCCAUGUUUUGUUUGCCCUGAGUUACCUGUACAUGUGGUAAAACACAGUAUGUGUAUAUGUGUAUAGCCUUUUCAUCCAAACUUCCAGUUGCCAGAAAUAGU